CAGGGCGGGCCGAGGCGGCCAUGGCGGGCCCGGGCGGAGCUGUCCUUGCCGGGGGCAGAUGCCUGCACACCACGGUGAAGUUUCUGAGGAAAACUGGAAAUGAGCAGAGGUGGUUGGAGCGGCACUUGAAGGAUCCCUUUGUCAAGGCAUCGAAGCAGCAGCGGUACCGGUGCCGAAGUGCCUUCAAGUUGCUGGAAAUUGAUGACAAGCUCUGUGUUCUUCGUCCAGGAUUUUCUGUUCUUGACUGUGGAGCAGCACCUGGUGCUUGGAGCCAGGUUGCUGUAGAGAGGGUCAAUGCCUUAGGUAUUGAUGCUGCUGUCCCCACUGGCUUCGUGCUUGGCGUUGACCUGCUGCGGAUUUCUCCCCUGGAAGGAGCAGUUUUCCUGUCGGAGACUGACAUGGCAGAGCCCAGCACGCUGAGGGCCAUCCAGAGCCUGCUUCCCCUGGGGAAGGCAGAUGUCAUCCUGAGUGACAUGGCCCCCAACGCCACGGGCAUUAAAGAGCUGGAUCAUCAGAAGCAGAUCAGGCUGUGUUUAGGCCUCCUGGAUAUAGCCCAAAGCAUUUUAAAGCCAAAAGGAACGAUGCUCUGUAAAUUCUGGGAUGGAUCCGAGGCCCGCCUGCUGCAAAACAGACUGAAGGAGCAGUUCCAGGAUGUGAGGACUAUAAAGCCUCAGGCCAGCAGGAAGGACUCUGCAGAAUCUUAUUACUUGGCAAGGCUAUACAGAGGGAAAUGAAAGUCAUGAGCUGCAGAUUCUGUGACAUUGGUUGGAAAUCUCAGUUUAGUGGGUGUUUCAAGGAAAAUCCCACCAUUAAGACGUUGGGGAAGUUUGCUACUCUUCUUAAAGUCCAUCAGGCUUUUCAAAUACUGUGGACAAAAUGGUUAGGAAUGGAGAGGAAUAAUCUGAAAGGCAACCUCUGGGGCUGGAGUAAUGGAAAUGAAAAUAAAAUGUUGAUUAUAU